UGAGGUCGAUAGAGAACAUUUAAAGCUGUGAGCAGUCUUGGAUUUUGGAGUGUGGAUCUAACCUCUGCCAUUUAUCAUUCAAGCUAUGGGAGCAGCCACCUUUCUCAGGGCUCUGACUCUACUAAUACUCACAGCUUCGGCCUUUUCGGAUCAACACUUCUUGGUCAUCUUCCCAGCAUUCAUUCACCAUCCCAGUACAGAAAAGUUCUGUAUAUUUCUAGAUUCCUUCUCAAAGUCUGUCCAUGUCUCAGUAACAUUAGAGAUGAAGCUACAGAACCAUACUCUAUUGGAAAAAGAUGUGAAUGCACCAGGGACCUUUGAGUGCACCAGUUUCCAGGUCCCAAAGUUUGUUCCCAGGAACAAGGAUUUUGGCUUUCAAUAUGAAGAAGAAGUAGCCCAUGUUCAUGUCCUUAUCCAGCAUGACAAAAGCACAUUUGAAAACCGAAAGAAAGUUCUAGUCAAGAAUGCUUAUAAAAGGACCCUCAUAGAACUAGACAAACCCUUUUACAAACCUGGAGAAGAAGUAAAGUUUCGCAUUGUGACGCUUGAUGAAAAAUUUCAAACCAUUGAAGAAGCUAUCCCAAUGAUAAAGUUAGAGGAUCCUGACAAGAACCGAAUUGCCCAGUGGGUGAAUGUGAAGCCAUUUCAUGGCAUUCUGGAUCUGCAUUUCCCUCUGGCCUCUGAAGCACCCCUGGGCACAUACAUCAUUAAAAUCGGACAGGAGGAGCUUGGACUAGAAAAAGAAUUCACGGUGGAGGAAUAUGUGCUACCUAAAUUUGAAGUGUUAUUUGAACAUACACAACUUGUCACUACUUCAGAUGAAGAAAUUCAUAUCAAGGUGUUUGGCAGAUACACAUAUGGGAAACCUGUACAUGGGACUGUCUACCUUAAUUUGAUUCGAACUCCAUCAUAUUUUUUUUACAGUGAGAUUACGAAAAAUGUGUCUGACAUUAAACUUAGUUACACAGGCCAGAUAGACAAAGCUGGAUAUGCUUCCUUUAUUGUUAAAACAACAGAUAUUAAACUAUCUCAAAAAGAAUACAUCAAUACUAUUGUGCUUUAUGCAGAAAUGGAAGAAGAAGGAACAGGAGUGACCAUCUCAGGAAACAGCCUUAUCUCAGUGGUCAACAGAGUAGCUCAAAUACAAUUCUUAAACUAUGACACAUUAUUUAAACAUGGAAUUCCAUAUACCGGAAAGAUGAAAUGUACUGUCAACGAUAUACCUUUAAAGAACCAGACUGUGUACCUUACUCUUGAUAUUGAUGAUGUGGAAACUCAUAUUUCAUACAUCACUGAUGAGAAUGGGGAAGUUCAUUUCACCUUGGACACAACAACAUGGAAAAACACUUCAGUUGCUCUACGGGGUAGGUAUUCCAUCUCAAAUGCAACUUAUGGAGAUGUCAACCCAUUAUAUAAUGAUGCUUUUGUUUGGCUGAAGCCUUUCUACUCAGAGAGUAAUAGUUUCCUUGAGAUUCAACAUAUGGAGGAAGAGCUGCCCUGUGGAAAAGAUCAGGAAAUAUUGGUGGAUUACAUCCUUGACCGGAAAGAGCUGAGGCCCACGGCUGACUACAUAGAUUUCUAUUACUUGGUUGUAUCAAAAGGAAAUAUUGUCUCCAGUGGACAGCAACAAGUUCCAAUUGACCAGGAAGAGACACUCAAAGGCACCUUCUCCCUCAAUCUAACCCCGAGCUCUGAUCUGGCACCCCGUGCUAGUCUUUUGCUCUUUGCGGUCUUUGCUGAUGGUGAAGUAGCAGCUGACACUGCUGUGUUCUCAAUAAACAAGUGCUUCAAGCAUAAGGUGACAUUGGACUUCUCUAAGCAGGAAGAACUUCCAGGGGCAAAGGUCAAUCUGCACAUAGAAGCUGCUCCUGGUGCUCUGUGCUCCAUCCAUGCUGUGGACAAGAGUGUUCUUAUGCAGACAAACGAAACUCUGACACCAGAAUUAGUGUAUAAGUCACCUUACCAUUCCUUUGAAGCCAUGAAUGCAAGAGGAUUUCACUUUUAUUUGGAAGAUUUUGAGCCCUAUCCUUGUCUUCCUUCAAAUAGUGAAAGGCAAAAAAAGAGUUUGAUAGCUCCCUGGUUUCAAAGUCAGGCUGAUGCUUACAGUCUGUUCAAGGACCUGGGUUUGAAACUUAUCACCAACACCAGAGUUAAGAAACCAGUAUCCUGUGAGCUGUCACAUUUUCAGAGAAAGGUUUACCAUGCAUUCCAUACCGUGGGAGUGCCAUUACUUGGAGGCAGCCCAAUGGAUUUUUCAGUAGCCAAUACAAUUCCAGAAGCUCUUGAUUCAGUCUCCAAGAAGGAAGAGGAAGCCAAACCUAGAACAAACUUUCCAGACACCUGGAUUUGGAAUCUGAUCCCUGUCAAUGAGGAAGGGAAAGCAGUUCACUCCUUCACUGUUCCAGACACAAUCACGGAGUGGAACGCAAAUGCAUUCUGUCUGGCAGACAUAGGGUUUGGCCUCUCCCAAUUCACCACAAUCAGGGUUUUCCAGCCCUUCUUCGUUGAUCUGACUCUGCCAUAUUCUGUGAUUCGUGGAGAGACUUUCCAGAUAAAGGUCACGGUCUUUAAUUUCCUCAAGGACUGUAUCCAGGUGAGAACAACCCUGCUAGAGUCUGAGGAAGUGGAGGUGAAACCCUGUCCUGACUGCCUAUUCCCCACCUGCCUGUGUGCUGAGGAAGCCAAGGUCUUCUCAUGGAAUCUGACAGCUACACAGCUGGGGCAUGUGAACAUCUCAGUGAGAAGUGAGGCUGAGGAGACCCAAGCAUUGUGUGGCAACAAGAUAUCUGUCACUCCCACGCGUGGCCGGUCAGACACAGUUAUCAAAUCUUUACUUGUCAAGCCAGAAGGUGUCUUUGAAGAAAAAGCCCAGAACACUUUCCUAUGCUCUUCAGGAGAACCAGCAUCUGAAGAAGUUUCCCUAACAAUACCGGAAGCAGUUGUGCAGGAUUCUGAGCGGGCCAUGGUAUCUGUCAUUGGAGAUAUUAUGGGAGCUGCACUAGAAAAUAUAGACCAUCUGCUUCAGAUGCCCUUUGGCUGUGGUGAGCAGAACAUGGCCAAGUUUGUUCCCAAUGUCGUUGUACUCCAGUACUUGGAAGAAACCAAUCAGGUGACUCCGGAGUUAAGGAAUCGGGCAAUAGAGCACAUGAAGAGUGGAUAUCAGCGGCAGUUGCUUUAUAAACACAAUGAUGGUUCCUAUAGUGCCUUUGGAAAACGUGACGAAGAGGGAAAUACUUGGCUGACUGCAUUUGUGGCCAAGGCUUUUGGCCAGGCAAAGCGCUACAUCUAUGUGGAUGAAAAGCAUAUUCAGAAUGCCGUGGACUGGUUAAGGAAACACCAACUUCCCAGCGGCUGCUUUGAAAGUGUGGGGAGGCUCUUUAACAAUGCCCUGAAGGGUGGUGUGGAUGAUGACUUCUCUCUGACAGCCUAUGUCACUGCUUCUUUGCUGGAGCUGCACCUAAAGAAUAAUGGGAGUCUGGUAGAUGAUGCCUUACUCUGCUUGAAGAGGAACCUGAACUUUAUGAACAACACCUACUCCAAGGCUUUGCUGGCUUAUGUCUUCACAUUGGCUGGGGACACAGAGAUCCGGCAACAGCUCCUCGGAGACUUAGAGGAGGAGGUUCUCAAAACAGAGACAUCAUUCUCACAGACUGAGAUCAUUGCCUAUUUUCUUUUGGCUUGCUUGGCUAAACCAGAGAUAUCCACAGAUGAUAUUAAGUAUUCUUCCAAGAUAGUGCAAAUCCUUGUUAAACUACAAAACCCAUAUGGAGGCUUUUACUCCACACAGGAUACUGUGGUUUCCCUGCAAGGUUUAGCCAGGUAUGCAGCAUUGACAUUUGUUGAGAUAGAAAAUCUAAAGGUGCUGAUAAAAUCCAUCAAAGGCUUCCAGCAUGAAUUCCAUGUGAACAAGCAAAAUCGGCUGGUGCUGCAGCAGGCCUCCCUUCCAGAGAUCCCUGGUCAGUACAAGGUGGAGCUCUCAGGUCAUGGCUGUGUUUAUGUGCAGACUGUCCUUGGAUAUAACCAACCACCGCAGAAGACAAAUAGUUUUACUUUGAAUGUGGAAAUAUUCCCAAAUGUGUGCAAUUCCUGGAAGCAUUUUGUCAUCCUGCUAAAUUUGAGCUACAUAGGUCAACGAGAGACAAGUAAUAUGGCUCUAAUAGAAGUGAAUAUGGUAUCAGGAUUCAUUCCUCUGAAGAAAUCUGUGAUGAAGCUGGAAGGCGAAGGCCAUGUAAAGAAAGUUGAACUUGAUCUAGACAAAAUCACUAUUUACCUCGAUCAGCUUGAUAAUACAGUUCAAAACUACAGUUUUGAAGUGAUACAAGAACAUGAAAUAACAGAUCUUAAGCCUGCAAUAAUUAAAGUUUAUGAUUAUUACCAUCCAAGUAAGCAUAUCCCUAGUUGCUCCCCAUUCUCCUCUUUUUUUAGUCCAAAGAACCAUGCCAGGGUUCUUCACCAUCCUUUCUAUGCAUUUCAAUCUUGUUUCCAUCCAAUACUGAGCUGAGGGCCAAAAUUAGCAGCUGGCAUCCUUAAUUCUGGGCUGAAUUAGUGCUAUUCACCAGUCAUUCAAUUGGUUAAAAACUAUGUUGGCAGAAAAAUUGCUGUUCAUACUGGUGAUUUCUAUCCUGCCAUAGGUAUUGUUCUUAUUUAUAACGUACCUGAUAUACAAAAGACAGGGAUACUUUCUCUCUCACUAAAAAUCACUAGUUGGUGGAAGAACAUCCUUCAGUUACUCUACUUAACAUGAAAUAAAGCUGGAAAAUGGGCAAGGUAGCACGAUUAGACUGCUGUUCAGUUGAAAAUAAAAGUCAACCACUAAUAUUGAAAAAUGUGUGUGCCUCGCAUGGGUAAGCAGAUCCCAUUCAAGCCCAUAUUUUUCAUUAUACCUAUGAUGGUUUUUCUACCAAUACAUUAUACUCACAUAUUCUAUGGAUAUUAAGAUACAAAGAUGAUGAUAAUACUGCAUGAUAUAUUCGUUCUAAUAUUCCUAAAUUCCCUAUUAGAUCAUGUCAUGUUACUAUGAUUGUAUACAGAAAUCUGCUUAAUCAUUACUUUUGAAAAGGAAAAAAUAACAAUUUUUUCCACAAUGAUCAUCUGAGUCAGGGGUGUCAAACACAAGGCCCACAGCCCAGAUGUGGUCAGAUAUGAAAUAACAGAUCUUAAGCCUGCAAUAAUUAAAGUUUAUGAUUAUUACCAUCCAGAUGACAAUACUGUUGUUGAAUAUAAUGCUCCUUGCAGUGAAG